AUGUCCUCGCACGGAAUCGCGGUCGACACCAGCGAAGCUGAUUCAGUCCGGAACCAGGAGAACCGGCUCUCUCUGCGAGGUGCCGCCAAGAACAGGCUGGAGAACCAGGAGAAUGUAAACCCCAAACCGUCCGGCAGGACUGUGUUGGGGGCUCUGGAGAACAACCCACGGCGGCAGCCCGCCCUGCGCGGCUGUAAACAGGCCAAUGUAUCCCAAGCACUGCCCUGCAGAUCAGAAGACCAUGGCAAAAGCUAUGCUGAGAAGCCCCCAGCCAAGCAGCCUGCUUUUCAGAUUCAUGUGGAUGAACCUGAUGGUGCCUGCACGAAGAAACAAGCCUCCACAAAAAAAGCCGCCAUGGCUUGCUCUCCACUAACACUGAAUCCCACAGUUACACGGUUAAGGCAGCCCCUUGCUACUAUUGACCUACCUAUGGAUCUCAGUUUUGAUUCUCCAAUGGACAUGUCGAUAAUUGAGGGUGAGGAGAGGCCGGUGAACGUAAAUGAAGUUGCUGACUACGCUGGUGCAAUUCAUACACAUCUGAGGGAGAUGGAGCUUAAAUGUAGGCCAAAAGCAGGAUAUAUGAGGAAGCAGCCAGAUAUCACAAACAGUAUGCGUGCCAUCCUGGUUGACUGGCUGGUGGAGGUCGGAGAGGAAUACAAGCUCCAUAAUGAGACUCUAUACUUGGCAGUAAACUACAUCGACCGCUUCCUGUCCUCAAUGUCUGUCCUGAGAGGGAAGCUGCAACUCGUUGGCACAGCGGCAAUGCUGUUGGCAUCGAAAUUUGAGGAGAUCUACCCCCCAGAGGUGGCCGAAUUCGUUUACAUCACUGACGACACCUAUACGAAGAAACAAGUGUUAAAAAUGGAGCAUCUGGUGCUAAAAGUCCUCUCUUUUGAUCUGGCGGCGCCGACGAUCAACCAGUUUCUCACCCAGUACUUCCUACGGCAGCGUGUCGGAAAUAAGGUGGAGAGCUUGUCAAUGUUUCUUGGAGAGCUGAGUUUAGUGGAUUCUGACCCUUUCUUGAAGUAUCUUCCAUCUCAAACAGCUGCUGCAGCCUUUAUUUUGGCAAAUUACACUAUCACAGGUGGUUCAUGGUCAAAGGCUCUCAUUGAGAUGACUGGCUACACAUUGGAAGACCUGAUGCCAUGUGUCCAAGAUCUACAUCAGACCUACCUCAGUGCUGCCCAGCAUGCACAGCAGUCUGUCAGGGAGAAAUACAAAGGCUCAAAGUACCAUGAAGUUUCACUCAUUGAACCCCCAGAGAGGCUGGUAUUGAACUAACUCCCCAGCUUGGUUUUAUACUCCCAGAUUACAGACUCUAACAGGAAUUGUGUAUACAUUCUUAAUGUUGCAUAUUCCCUCAACUCCAAUAAUGGACACCAUAGCCUUUGUAUUGGGUAUGUGGUGAGAUGAUUAGUGCUUCAUGUAUAUUUUUAUGUGCAGUCCUGUAGGAUUGCUGUUUUUAUGCUUGAUGUACCUAGAGAUUUUGUACAGAAGGUAAUCAAGCUGUGUUUUGAUUUUUUUUCAUUUUUUUUAUGAAACUGACUCCAGUGGUGUCUUUACACAUUUCAGAGUAAAAAUGUGUUUGUCCUGAGAUGACAUCUAAAUAAACCUUGCCACUGGUGUGCAUAA